AUGUCUUUUCGUGUAUGGAUUCUAUUCUUACUCCAACUAGUUAAUAUAUCAUUAGCAGAUCAUUAUAAAGGUGGUACUCUAUCAUGGAAACCAACAAAUCCAUAUUCUUUAACAAGUCCUGUUGAAAUUAUAAUAACAGAACGACAUUCAUGGACAUUCACUAGAUAUUCAUGUGAUAACAAUAUUAUUAAUACAUUUGGUGUUUACAAUGAUACACAAAAUGCAACAACAGCUACAAUUAUUUGUAUAAGUUCAACAGCUACAUGUACAUCAUCACUUUUUCAAAAUAUUAGUUCACGUUUAUAUUGUACUGAUUUUACAACAGGACUUCAAAUAUCUACAGGAACUCAUUAUACAAAACAAUAUUUAGCAAUAAAUUCUAUAAUUGAUGUUGCUUCAAGAGGUGCAGCUUGGGCACGUGAAACUUUAACUAAUGAAUGGUCACUUGUUACUCAUAUUGAUGUAACACCUAUUUCGGGUAAAAUUAAUACUUCACCUGUAACAGCAUCAUUACCAAUUUUUCAACUUUACAAUAAUGAAACGUCAGUUAUACAAAUACUUAUAGCUGAUUGGGAUUAUGAUCAAGUUGUUCGAUGUCGUUGGUCAUAUCAAUAUUCAUUAGAUGAAUGUGGAAGUACAUGUUUUGAUCUACCAAAUGCUCAAUUAAAUUCAGUAGAUUGUGCUAUUACAUGGACACCUGUUCUUAGAUCUGCAGAUAUAGCUAAUGGUUUAACUCAAUCGACAUAUGUAGUUGCAAUAACAGUCGAAGAUUUUGUUAAUGCAUCAAGUACUACACCUCUUAGUUCAGUACCACAUCAAAUAUUGGUCUAUGUUUCUUAUCGACCUACCAAUACUUGUACAACUCGACCUA